ACAAGAACCAAAACAAGAUUUUGUCUUUGCAUUGUGUUUUUGCGCCUCGCGACAUAAACAUCACAAGGUAAUCCAACGGCUAGAGUAGAAUCCAGAGAAGGCGGCAGAAAAGUGUUUGAAAAGUGCAAAUCGCCGCAGUAUUGUUAUUAAUUAUUUGCAAGUCAAAUAACGAAACGGAAUUCAGUGCUUAACGUUCUAACCAAUUUGUUGGCGCAAAAUGGCAUCCGGAGGCUUGACAUGUGUCAAAUACAUAACAUUUUUCUGCAAUCUUCUGUUUGCGCUGAGUGGUCUACUCAUCUUGAUGGUGGGCGCCAUGGUGCAACUGAACUAUGCGCAUUAUUCAAACUUUGUCAGCGAUCACAUUUGGACUGCGCCGAUUAUCUUGAUGAUUGUGGGCGCCGCCGUAGCGUUCAUCUGCUUCCUGGGCUGCUGUGGUGCACUGAAGGAGAAUAGCUGCAUGAUCCUUAGUUUUGCUAUAUUGGCUGUAGUUAUAUUUGCUUUGGAGAUCGGACUGGGAAUUGCUGGCUAUGUGAAGCAUUCGGGCUUGCAGCAGUUAAUGGAAACACAAUUUAAUACCACUAUGAAACAUUACAAAGAACGAGAUGACUAUCGCGAUGCCUGGAAUCUGUUGCAAACUGAGCUGGACUGCUGUGGCACUUAUGGUCCCAACGAUUGGGAUGGCAUUUUCCCCAACAAAACUCUCUCGCCGGCAUGCUGCAAGCUGAUCAACUUAAGCGAGGCUAAGGAGUGCACAACAUUGCAUGCCAUCGAUCAGGGUUGUUUAAAUAAGCUGUUGGGCAUUCUGGAUUCAAAGACUUUGGUAUUGGCUGGUGUCGUUCUUGCUGUGGCGGGUAUACAGCUGCUUACUAUCCUCUUUGCCUGCUGCUUGUAUCGUUCGUUUCGCCGGAGCUACGAUCACGUUUAGGAUGCGUAGUGAGGAUCCCACAUACCGAUUUUAAAGGGAGCCUUUUUUUUGUAGUUUUUAGUUUGGUCAAAUGCAUGCGAUUUAACUCGUUGCCGUCUCUACGAAGCUCGUUAAUAAGUAAGAAGGAAUACUCAAAACAAGAAGAAAACAAAC